UUUAUAAAAUUCCCGGAAUCAUCUUAACUAACUCGAUCAUGGAUUAUAGGUGUAGGGUGUUACACAUGGUCAGCACACCCUUGAUAAUCGCUGUCAAUGAUUAAUACACAUAGGAAGGCCAACGCUCUCCUCCAAUGGAUCGCGUUCCUCCAUUUCGAAGAAUCCAGGCUCUUCAGCCUGCAUGUAGUGUCACCACUCAUGCCACCGGCAAUGGUUAGCUUCAACAACUGUGUAGAGGAUUAGGUCGGAACAAGUCGCUCCGAGUACGUCGAGGGGAUCAUAUGUUGUAGUAAACGUACUUGGAGUGACUCGGAGGGUUAUUAGAUACCUAUCUAUUCCUGGUUUACGCUCGACUAUAAUUCUCAACGGCCGAACCAAAGUAUGUUCGACAAGCUGCGCCGACGCAGGUUACCCUUUCGUUGUAUCGGCGAGUCAAAAAUAUACCUUUUUUCGGUUGUAAGUUUGGUAUCAUGGCUCUAGCAUCUCGACCUUCGGGCAUUAUGGCGUUGAUUAUCGCUAUUGCUGCUUUGUUAGCUCCAGUCAUUUAUCGAAUUGCAUCGCCAUCUAUCACUAAAUUGUCUCCAUAUCUCGUUACACUCGCUUCCUUAACUUUUAAGACGUCUAGUCAAAGUACUGAAACCGUGGCAUCGUCCUUUAGUUGCCUUCAUCACCCUUAUACCACUGAAAUCGUUUCUGUAGAUCCCCUUGUCAUAUACAUUGAAUCCUUUCUCACGUCGAGCGAGAUAAAAGCUCUUCUCGAAGCCGGGGAACCUGCCUUCGGCCCGUCUCGAGUCUAUAAGAGUGGCCAUAACCAAGACACGCAGGACCGUACCUCAUCAUCCGCUGGGCUGCCGCGAGAUAAUCCCGCAGUAGAAUGCGUAUUGGCUCGCGCUGAAGCCUUCCUCGGUACAAUGCUAGAUCCAUCUCGAGACGACAUAGGCCCGCCACAACUCGUACGCUACACCGCAGGUCAGCGGUUCAACAGACACCACGACUGGUACGAUCGGCCGCAGCCAACACGACGUGGUAUGCCAGGGCGAGGAAGAAGCUGGAACCGCAUUGCCAGCUUCUUCGCUAUCUUGGAGGAUCAUUGUAAAGGCGGUGAGACGUGGUUCCCUUUUGUGAAUACAACAGCUUUCUCAAAGACAGAUGAGGAGGGACGGCAGAUUUGGAGGAAUCAUGAGGACGGCGGUCUAGCAUUCAGACCUGUAGCCGGAAACGCGCUAUUCUGGGUCAACCUCUUUCAGAAUAACACAGGAGAUCGACGGACCAUCCACGCGGGACUACCGGUGACAGAGGGUUUGAAGAUUGCAAUGAACAUCUGGCCAAGGAAAUUUUAUACCUGAGUCCCGGGUCGAUAUGGUGUAUGAUUAAAGUAAUUGUCUAUGG